AUGGCAAGUUUUAUGGGUUCGCUACAGUGAGUGACACUUGUUCACGAAAAAGAUAAUAGUUGAAGCGUUGCAGAAAAGUAGGCGAAAUGCUGGUCGAUCCAAAUAAUGCGCUGUGAGUUUGAGCUUUGAAAAAAAAAGCGUUCUUGAAUAAUCUUUUAAACAGAACCAAAUUUCUUCAACCCACUUCCGAAGAGCAGGCGUUGAUUAGUGAGGGAAAUUGUCGAUCUUGUGAGCAUUUUUCAAUAUUGUCAAUGUAUCUCAACUGUAUGUAGAGAUAUCAAAAAGUCGUCAAGUGAUAAAAUGUACAAAAUGUUUUGAUGAACAAUUUAUUAGUUGACAACUUUUUGCUAUCUCUACUCGUUGCUGAGAUAUACUUGCUUGAAUAUAUGGUAUUGCGAUGCCGUUCGAUUGCCGGUGGUACUUGUAGUUUUUAGCGUCAAAAGUUACAAAUUAUUUCUAAAAUUCUAUUAAUGAUUUCAUCUAGAGCCUCAAAGCACUAUCGUUCUUCUUAUUUUCACUGAUAAAUGCUAUGAAUUUUUGUUUCUCGUCGCCCUAGUGAAUACUGGUCAGAUACAAGGCCAUAACUCAAGAACGACAAACUUUAGAAUAAAAUUGUCAACUAGAAAGUUGUAGAGCACAAAAUUUGCAACAAUUUUCAUGUUGACCACUUUUCGAAAAAAUCAUUCAGUCUCAAGAUAUAUGCGCCCAAAGACACUGUACCUUCAUACUUUUCUUCCAGACGCCUACGAUCCGGAUACAUUUUGCAAAAGCAAGCGUGAGUUUUCCGCCCAAUAUUUCAACAAUUAAUGCUUUGAUUUGUUCAGCAAACUGCACUCUACCGGCAAAAUUCGACGAAUGUUGCACAGGAAAGAAGAUGUGUCCGGUGGCCGUGUACAUGCCGUACGCCUACAUCGCCGGCCCCAUCCUUUUGACUCUUCUCUUCUUGAUCGUCGUCGCGAUUUUGGUUUGGCGCCGAAAAAAGAUGAGGAAGGCGUCUGGAAGUAAUUGAUCCUUCAUCAAAACCAAAACCUACUUGUUCAUAAAGUUUCACCCGUUCUCGUGUACACUUUUGUUUGCGAAAUCUCAUAAAAUGAGAGAGGAAGGAAGGAACGAUGACGCAAGAAAAGGAAUAAUGAGCCGUGACAAACUGGCCACGAUUUUCACUCGUUUUUCUGGGUCAAAUUGGCGCGAAGCUGAUCAGUUUCGGUUUCGAAACACUGCGCCCCUUCCCCAACUUUCAGCAACGUUUUGUGGGGGCAUAGAGCUGCAGGUGCGUCUUGAAAAGUAUUUCACUGUGAUGGGCACGUCUUGUAGUACAUUUUUGUAGUUGACCACUUUUUUCUAGGACCACUUGCAAAAGAACUGUAGCUCUUGGAAGUUUGACGCUAAACCGUCUACGCUUUUAUGUAGUUCAAACUUUGAAGAGCUACAGUAGUCCUAGAAGUGGUGGGAUCGAAAAGUUGUCAACUACAAAAAUGUUGUACUAGACAUGUAAUUUUAAUUUGUAGUUGACAUGAUUUUUGUACAACCAAUUCUAAAAGUACUAUAGCUCUUGAAAGUUGCGGCUACGCUUUUGCGUUCGCGUUUCAAUGCCAACUUCCCAGCGCUACAGUACUCCAGGGAGUGGCGGCACAAAAAAGUGGUCAACUACAAAAGUGUCCUACUAGACGUCAAGAUUCACCUCAAAACGUUUCCAGGCCCAUAGCACAUCGCGAGAAGCUACAGUAGCCGCUCAAAGUGUCGAGUGAAACGCGUUCGUGACCGUUCCACCACCAUCUCCCCGUAAUCCUGUCAAUUUUCACUCAUCUUGAUUUUUACUUUUCGGCCACACACUCAAAAACUCAUCCGUCCGUCUUCUCGAUGCGUAUCAAAUCCGAUAAGCCGGUCCGAUUAGUGCACCGUCCAUUUCACCUUUUCCAGCACUUUUUGUCACUUUUUCCUCCUCGAGACUGUGUCACUUUCUCUCUCUUUCUCUCUUUCUCUCUCUUUCUCUCUCUCUCUUUCUCUCUCUUUCUCUUUCUUUCUCCCCGUCCGCCGACGCCUUCGAGGUCAUCCCGGGAAAUGCAAAAAAGUGGGCGGAGUCGGAGAAAAGGGGGGGAGAAGCCAUCCCGAAACGAUCAUCCUCUCGUUUCCCCCCACCACCACCAAGAUAUUAUUGUUCUUCUUCUUCGCCAACGCGUUUUUUUUUGUUGUUAUUGUUGUUCUCCACAACUUUCAGAUUUCCAUCACAAAAACCAUGACAUUUCGGUCGUGGUGCGCGCUUGUUUGCAUCGUUUUACUCGAAAACGUUGACGGUCAGGCUGCUGCACAACAACCACAACAAUUGCAAGUUUGUCUGAGAGGUCGGUUACAGUAAUCCUGACCAUCGUUCCUUGACUGCUUUCGAAUAUUGUCCGUUUUUUGUUUGAACCAAACUCCAGAAUGUUGUUUCAUGUUUAAACGAAACAGCUACUGGACAAAUAUUUGUAUAUUAUCCAUGUCCUUAGCCCCAAAAACGGCGGGUCGUGAACAGCCGUGCAUAAUAAUAACAAGUAAGUACAGGACGGACGGUCGGUCACCGAUCACUUUCACUUUUCGCUAAUUUUGUGGUAGCGGCGCGAGGGUUUCGUCCGUUUUAUUAUAAACUUGAUGGUCGGCUUGCUUGGUAUUCCGCGGGGGCGAGAAUCGGGUCAGCGAGGCUAUAAGAAGGAGCGAACAAGUGAGGGAAAAGGGUGAUAAUGAUAGAAGUGGGGCAGUGGCUGAACGUCAAAUUCCAAGAGCUACAGUACUUCUAGACGUGGCUGUACAAAAAAGUUGUCAACUGCAAAAUGAAAGAACAUGUCUUGCACUACAUUUUUGUAUUUGACACCUUUUUUCUAUAGCCACUCCCUGGGCUACUGUAGCGCUUGGAAGUAGGCGUUGAAAUGAACAUUGCGUUAAUCGGCCUCAACUUGCAUGAACUACAGUACUCCUAGGAGUGGGUGUACAACAAAGUUGUCAACUAGAAAAAUGUAGUGCUAAACUUGAACUUUUACUUUGUAGUUGACAACUUUUUGGUACAACAACUCCUUGGACCACUGUGGUCCUGGAAAACCGGCCCACACAAACGUGAACCCGAUUAUCGUGAAUCUUGACAAGCGUUCGGCUAACCCCGCUAACUAGCCAAUAUCUGCGUUCCAUUCAAACGAAUUCGCAUCAAUCACAAAGCGCCCGCUAUUAUCCGACCGCCACUUUUUGCUUAUCGCCCCCACACAUUGUCCGAUUAUUAUUAUGAUGCCACAAGAAACGGGAUUCGGGGCGGGCGGGUGUUGCAAUCAAGAUUCGCUGGCUUUUACGCAUAAUGCUCGUGUUGUUUUUCUGCUGCUGGCUGCUGCUGGCUGCCCAACACUUUUGGAAUUCGGAAUGAAACAGGAAGAAGUGAGGAGGGCGGCUAAUCGCGGAUUAGCAUCCAUUUCAUUUCGAUUGUAAGGACUUCCUGCUGUGCCGCCCGGCCAAACGAAUACUUUCGCCAGUUUACGCGCCAGCAGAUUUGGCAAUGAACUUUCGAAAAUUGGGACCACCUCAAGUUUUUGUCGCUUGAAAGUCAGAGUUGAGCGGAAGAACUCACGGAAGAAUUUUUAUCUUUUUUUGGAAAUUUUUUCAUGGAAUGUGAUCAACUGACGAAAUGUAGAGCAAAGUGAAUUGUGCGCAUAGAAAAAUAAUUGUAAAUUUAGCGUCUUACAGAAAAAAGUUAUUCGAGUUGUUCCGUGAAAAAAAGGGGGCAAACGGAACAACUCGAAUAUAACUUUUUUGUAUGAAAAGCUAAAUUUACAAUUAUUUUUCUAUGAGCACAGUUCACUUUGCUCUACAUUUCGUCAGUUGAUCACAUUUCAGGAAAAAAUUUUCUAAAAAAGAUAAAAAUUCUUCCGUGUUCUUCCGUUGAGCUCUUCCGCUCAACUCUAGCGAGUAUCACACAAAGUGGAGAUGUCUUGACGUUCUGAAAAUUUUUGAGCGACAACUUUACAUCUAGUACUUUCAUUUUGUAAUUGACACUUUUUCUGUACAAUCACUUCUAGGAGUACUGUAGCGCUGCGCAGUUGGCCCUGAAACGUCUACACUUUUGUGGUAGUGCUAUGUUCCAACAGCUACAGUACUCCAGGGAGCAAGUGUACAAAAAAGUUGUCAACUACAAAAAUGUAGUACUCGACGUGCACUUUUAUUUUGUAGUUGACAACUUUUUUCUACAACUCCUCCCUGGGGUACUGUAACUCAUGCAAGUUGAGGCUAAUUGAAACAGUGGACGUUUUAGCGCUACAGUACGCCAGGAAAUAAUGGUGCAAAAAAGUUGUCAAUUACAAAAAUACAGUACUAGACGUGAAGAUUUCACUCGACAAAUAUCAUGACAGUAUAAAAUUUUCUGGGGGUACAGUACUCAUUCAAAGUACGGUUAUUAAUCCGCUAUUGUAGACUUCUCGAAUAUUCAGACAUCGAGGAGGACAUUUGUCCGCAACGAGAGGGCUACGAUGCGGAAUGCGACGCGCGUUGCGGUCAGUUGUACCCGAUGCGGAUCGGCAGUGGAUGCAGGACCCGACAGACCGGUCAGUCGGUUUCCAGACUACCGUACCCCUACCGUACCCCUACCGUACCCCUUUCAGGCCAACUAUUGUCGUUUUUCGGCAUUCGUUCGUUCGUCUGCACGUGUCAUUUGGCUCCGAUCGCGUGCGCAAAUCCUCAGUUCGCCGUGCAUCCCUACCACACUCUUGUCGUUCAGCAACACUCGCUUCUCGCUGUGAUUCCGCCGACGGUUGUCCCGUGUGAUAGUCCUACGGUAGGUACAGUAAUCCCCCAACGCGCUACUGUACCUUCAACUUUUCAGCCUCCUUCGCUUUCGUGCCGCGACUCGUCGACGUGCGGUUGGCAGUUUUCGCGCGAGUUCGAAUGGUACACGGGCCGGCCGAACGGUCUGGCGGCCCGUCCGCGCGAAUCCCCCGGUCAGUCCCCCCUCCCCGUGACGUCGCCCGUGACGAUGCACCAUUGCAGACGGCGAUUUUGUGGCGGGAACGAGUCAGCACGGCGCGACGUGGGCCACAAUUUCCACGUGCGACGCGAUUUGCUCGACGAGCUCCGUCAAUCUGAGCGCGCGAGUGUGGAGACCGCCGACGGUCAUUGUCGAGUUGUGCUUCAAGUUGGUAAAACGGGUCACUGUGUGCAUUUUUGCGCGUCGGUGUUGCUCUGCGUACAGUGCAUUUUAUGUUACGCGCAAAGUGCAUUUUUUUAGUUGUUGAUGAAUUUUCUCCAAAUAUUCAUCUCUUUUAAGCGUUUUUCUCCACUUUCUACCUCAAUUCAACCUUUUUACAGAUUACAGGUGAAGUAAUACGCGAAGAGAAGUCGAUGCGAUGAAAAGAAACGCGUAAGUAAAUGAAAGUCAGAUUUUAUUCAGAAAAUGCACGAUUUCUCGAAAAACGUGACUAGAUUUUCUAAUCUUUUGGUUAAAAAACUUUAAUUCCAUUUCUGAGAAUGUUUUCGAACCAAAAAGAAGUAGAGUGACGGCUCGCUUUCGCGGAAAAAUCGAUAGUUUGCCGGAAGACAGUGAAAUUUCGUUGAAAAACUUUUUUUUUGCUUCUACGAACUGUCACCUUACUUUUUUUUGGUUCGAAAACAUUCACAGUCAUGUAAGUAAACUAUUUAAACAAAAAAAUUGGAAAAUCUAGAGACGGUUUUUGCGAAAAAAUUUUUUUUCAACGAAAUGUCACUGUUUUCCGGCAAAAGACCAAUUUUUACGCGAAAGCGAGCUGCCACUCUACUUUUUUUUGAUUCGAAGACAUUCACAGUCAUGUUAGUGAACUUUUUAAAUCAAAAGAUUAGAAGAUCUAGAGACGUUUUUCGAAAAAUUGUGCAUUUUCUGAAUAAAACAUUACUUCCAUUUACUUACGCGUUUCUUUUCAUCGCAUCGACUUCUUUUCGCGUAUUACUUCAUCUGGAAUCUGUAAAAAGGUCUAAUUGAGGUAGAAAGCAAAGAAAAACGCUUUAAUUUUCAUCAACAACUAAAAAAAUGCACUGUACGCAGAGCAACACCGACGCGCAAAAAUUCAUACCAUUUGGCUGCGUAUGUUGCGAAAGCCGCUCCGUGGCGGGUGGCCUAACUUUUCGCGUGUGUGGAUUUCUAGGCCACACGCUUUUGGUGCCUAGAACUCUCUUCGCCGUUUUGCAGAGAAAAAGAGACGACAAUGUGCGCGCCGGUGCACGCGUCGAACGGUCAUUUGAUCCGCGAAAUCAUACCGGAAACCGCCUACUUUCAGGUAAUUUUAAGUAUUUUUGCACUUUGAGCCCUUCUCUUCAGAUGAUGCUCCGUUUCUCGAACGUCACCGCCGGCGAGAUGAUCCUUCUCGACGAUCUGACGCUCGACUAUGAGCCGUGUCACAAAAAAUUGAGAAUGCAUUUGCAUUCGGUAGGCGCGCGUUUUAUCAAGUUUCAAAAAACAAAAAAAAUUGCAGACAAACAAUAGCACUCCACUGCCGAUCAAUCCGAUCAAUAAGGGCGAUCCGGCGAUGGUCCGGCAUCGAAUGUGCCAGAAUGGUGAGGCUCUUUUUUUGGGAUUUCGGCAUUCUCGGCCAUCGAAACUCUUCCAGGCGAGUGCUCGGCCGCCGCAUUCCACUCGUCGACCGCGAAAAUGUGCGUCGGACGGCCCGGCAUGGCAUACUGUCGACAAAAGUGCAAAGCUCUCGACGCUUCCGAGUAUUUUGGCGAAUCACCGUACCCGCCUCCGCUUACCCUACCGUUUUCAGAUCGUCGGCGCGGUGUUUGAGGCAAAAAGAGAGUCCGUCGAGCAAAAAGUGUGUUUGCCACGUGAGACGGUCCCCGGUUCGGCGGAUUGACGGAGGAGUGACCGAAGGCGCCGCGAAUACCGUGUCCAGAGAAGUCGAGAUGAAUCGGGUGCUCGCGGAUGACGUCACCGCUAUGGUUCGUUGAACAUUAAAUGGUCCGUGCUCCAAAACAAAAGUGUUGCAGACGAAUGCGCCCUCGCUGACCACUCUGAUGCAACAAGAAAUCACGGCGACCACUCCGAGCGCCGCGACAACGAUUCUGAUGAAUAUGGACGAAGAUGUGCACGAAAUAACGUCUACACCCGCACAAAAUCUGCUCAUUUUGGAGCGUCGCCAUCCGAAAUUAAAGUGCGAGGAGACGAAUUGCAAUUUCGAGAAGGACACAAAGUGCGGAUGGGCGGAUCUUCGCAUGCUCAGCCGACACUUUAACAAUAUCAGUGUGGCGAUGAAGAAGGGAGACGGUAAGCGCACGCGCGUCUACACAACAUCCCUUGAAUUGAAUUGCGUUGCAGAAAACCGGUACGGAAUCUCGCGGCUCGAGCCCAAAUCCUACUCGGGAUUGUUGUACAAGGCGCCGCUGAUCGGUCCGAUUUCGAUGUCGAUCGACGUUUUUCCGUCGCACGAGAUCGACGUGCGGAUUUGUGUGCAGAAUUUGCGAAAAUGUCAGACGCAGACGAUCGCGCCGCGCUCCUGGAAUCGUAUUUCGGCACGGAUCAAGGUGCAGAGCACCGAAAAGGUCGGUGGCCUUUUUUUUUCACGUGAUUUUGUCUUGUUCUACAAUAUCUUUUGAUUAUUUCUCUGGCCAGCACCCCGUAAAGUGUGAACUAAACAAGUGGCUGGCAGAAGAACUCAACGGAAGAAUUUUUAUCUUUUUUUGGAAAUUUUUUCAUGAAAUGUGAUCAACUGACAAAAUGUACAGCAAAGUGAACUCUGCGCAUAGAAAAAUAAUUGGAAAUUUAGCUUUUCAUACAAAAAAGUUAUUCGAGUUGUUCCGUGAAAAAAGGGGGCUAACGGAACAACUCGAAUAACUUUUUUGUAUGAAACGCUAAAUUUACAAUUAUUUUUCUAUGAGCACAGUUCACUUUGCUCUACAUUUCGUCAGUUGAUCACAUUCCAUGAAAAAAUUUUCUAAAAAAGAUAAAAAUUGACCCUAUCUUUAAUUUCAGAUUUUCGUCCUUUUCUACAACAACGCCACCGAGACCAAAUCCAUCGCGAUCGACAAUAUUCUCGUGAAGAACGGCGCUUGCAUUUAG